CCUAAGAGCGCCACAGCAAGGGGUGGAUGUGCCGCCCCGAGCCAUGGGAGUGACUGGAGGCGCGGCCCACAGCACCUCGGCACCCUUGCUCUGUACCUGCAGGGAUUCUGAGGCACGCAAGAAACAGGUGACGUCAUGAGCUGCCACAUCUCACACGCCCCUGGACAUCUGAGGGACUAAAGGACAACCCGAAGAAUGAGGAGCGGCCUGACGGAGGUGUUGGUGGUGCUGGUGGUGGUGAUGGCGGCGGCGGAAGGUCGAGAAGAUCUUGGAGGUUUAUCCUUAAAAGCGGCAGAUUAUCGACGUCUCGGGAUAUUCCUUGGGGAGCUGACGCAUUCCCUUUACGCCAACACAGCUGCCCUCUGCCUUCUUCGGGAUCAAGGUGCUAACGCCACCAUCAGCGACUAUUGGCUCCUGGCGGCAGAGUUGCGGCGCAGCUUCGUGUACGUAGUGCCCUGUGACGAGCCGCUGCCAGAGCCACGCCCCUGCUUCGCCGCCACGCCCUCCUCCCACUUCACCUGCCGCAAGAGCCUCCAAGUUGAUAUUUACAUCACGGACUCCAAACAGAUGGGCCUGGCGAUGGCGCAGGUGGUGGAGCGGUACAGAGGGAGCAGGGGUGAUGUCACGCAGGUGGUGGUGGGUCGCCAGUUGACGCCGCCCCUGAAGAUUGAGGCCGGCGUGAUGUCUUGGAUCCUCGCCUCCUAUAGACAAGUUAGUUGA